GCUGUUUAUUUCGGUUAGUGAGUGGCUUUACCUCCACAAAACAGGAACAACCAAAUCUGGUCAUGGCGAAGGAGCCAGUCACUUUGGUAGUUGAUAAUGGAUCAUAUUCUUGUAAAUCCGGUUUUUCUGACGAAAAUUCUCCUCGUGCUGUCACACCUUCUAUCGUUGGUCGGCCACACGACGGAAUAAAGGGAGCGCGGGAAAAGGAUUGCUUCGUUGGCGAUGAAGUCAAAGAUAUGAAAGAGAUGUUGGCCGUAAGAUUUCCAAUAGAAUUCGGCAUCAUCAAUAGUUGGGACGAAAUGGAGAAACUGUGGCAGUACAUAUUUAAUGAACAACUCCGAGUAUCUCCGGAUGAACACCCCAUUUUGUUAACAAGACCCCCGCACAACCCCAGAGGGGUCACAGAAAAAACGACUGAGAUAAUGUUCGAGACGUUUAACACUCCUUCACUUUACAUAGCAAUCACCGGUGUACUUUCUCUGGUAUCUACUGGAAAGGGAACUACAGGUCUAGUGUUGGACUCCGGGGAGACUGCGACACAUGCUAUGCGGAUUGUCGACGGAUAUUGCGUUUCUGUUCGAUGUGAUCGCGUUGAUUACGCUGGAAGAGACCUUACGUCCUAUCUCUUGCGAAAACUACAGGCGAGGGGUUAUACUUUCAAAAAGGGAACAGAAUAUGAUGUCAUACGCGACAUCAAAAAGACACUCUGUUGCAUCUCUGACGACGCUGAGAAAGAGUUGUCCACUCCUGGUCCAGACUCGAUAUACGAACUGCCAGAUGGUACCAAAAUAGAUAUUAGUAGCGAACGCUUUCUGUGUCCAGAAAUUCUCUUCACUCCAAAGACAGCUGGAAUCGAAUUUCCUGGAAUUCAUGAGCUUAUUAACAUGACCAUCCAAAAAUCAGAUCUAGACUUGCAUAAAGACAUGUACAACAACAUUGUAUUGUCCGGCGGAACAACAAUGUUUCCCGGUAUUGCUGAACGCCUGACGAAAGAGUUACAAAGCGAUCUGUCUGUGAAGGCUAAAGUGAAUGUUGUUGCAAAUAAGAACCGUGAUUGUGCGGCAUGGUUAGGUGGUUCAAUAGUUGGAAAUUUAUCAACAUUCGAAAAAUUGUGUGUUUCAAAAGAACAAUAUGAUGAAAUGGGACCCGCAUUAUGUUCUCAGAAAUAUUUCUGAAUUUGUUAGAUUUUUGGCGAAUCGUUCAAGCCUAUCAUCGCCAAAUGAUCACGUGGUAGACAAACGUUGUU